AGCAGAUUGGACGUCACCCUUCUCUAUCAUGGCGACCCCAUCCUAUGCACGUUCGUUAACGAGCGCCGUCAAGAGGCUCAAGCUUUCAACCAUCUGUACGACUCCCACACAAACUCGCUCGAUACAACAUUCGCGUCCUCGAUCAGCCCAACCUCUCCCAUCCGAACUUCAAAGCGAGCUCGCACGUAUACGCUUGCCGAAAGCCGUACAGGCCACAUACCUGGCGCCAUUAAGACGACGAACACGGGUCAAUGCCGACACGGUCUGCAAACUGCAGCUGCGCUCAUACAAUGUCCGAAACCUCGAAGUCUUCACCGACUUUGCAUUGCGAGCAGCAUACUUCCUGAAUCUAUCCGUCAGAGGACUCCGCAGUCUACCCAAAAAGACGGAACGAUGGACUGUACCACGAAGUAAUUUCGUGCACAAGAAGUCGCAAGAGAACUUUGAACGUAUCACAAUGGGACGAGAAAUCCAGAUCAAGGAUGGGCAUUCAGAUGUGGUGGCGACAUGGCUUGCAUUCCUCCGAAAACACCAAUACUACGGUGUGGGUAUGAAGGCCAACGUCUGGGACUACGGUGGACUUGAUGCGCCUACCGAGAUGGACGAAGAAGCUGCCAAGGUUGCCCAAAUGCUGGGAGAAGUCCCACUGGUAAAGCUGACGAAUGGGAAGCAACAUGGCGAGAAUCUGCAGAAAUUGCUCAUCGAUGAGCCUUUCAAGGCCUCCUGGGGAGCCUACACCCCCAGCAGCGGUGCCACGACUGUGCCGCACGGUAACCACAGGGUGCCGACCAAAUCUGUGCAUACUCCUGGUCUGAUUAAAAAAGCUACGCCGAAAGAAGCUACGCCGAACACCGAAGAGAAAGAACAGCCACAGACGUGAGCAGAGAACGAGAGCAGCAGUAAGAUGACCAUGGCACACUUGUAUGAAGUGAGAUGUGUGGCGUCCAAGACGAUGGUUCAUGACAAGAGGCAUCACAUGACUUUCACGUGUAUUUGAAUAGGAAGAGGGAUAUCUUCACUUGGUCUGGGUGGUAAUAGAACCACGCGAAGCACACGAAGCAAGU